AUGAUGCCAACACUCUGCCUGGAGGAGAUGAGGUCCCUCCUCAGCCUGUCCUUCCUCCGCCUGAAGGAGAUGAUCUUCUCCCUCCUCUGCCUGGACCUGCACCACAGCCUNAUGCUCUUCUCCCUCCUCUGCCUGGAGUAGAUGCUGCCCCACAGCUUGCCCCCCAGCCUGCUCUACAGCCUGCCCAACAGCCUGCUCCUCAGCCUGCCCUACAGCCUGCCCCACAGCCUGCUCUACAGCCUGCUCCACAGCCUGCCCCACAGCCUACUCCCCAUCGUCUGACUGGAGAUAACGCCUGGGUGCCUGGAGUAGGUGCUGCAGCAGGGAGAGGACAGUGGAGAGGAGAUAAUGGCCAGAUAAUGGCUGCAUAUCAGAUGCACCAGGACUAUUACUAUUAG